AUGGUUAAUUCAUUUACUCAUACACAACCUAAAGAAGUCUCAAUUAAUAGUUAUAAUAUGAUUAAUAUCAAAUUUAUUAUAUUGAAAGAUCCUGUUUUAAAUCAUUUUACUUCGAAUUUCUCUGACAAGGAACGAGAAAAGUUUUGGCAUAAGAUUACUAUGAUAUUCUCUCACAUUUUGCAACCAAUAUCAGAUCUAAUUCAAAUUGCUUCUCAGCAAACAAAUAUACUACCCAAAACAGCCUCAGAAGAGAUACAACCAGAAGCAGAAAUUUUAUGGCCAAAUCCUAUAGAAAUUAAUUUUAUUCAUAAAAUUAUUUCUAAUGAUGUUGCAACUAUUACUUGCCAAAUUACUUCACUAUCAGGAAAAAAUAUUCAAGUACCUGGUGCAUUAAUAGAUAGUGGAGCAAACUGCUCUCUAAAAUUAAAAGAAUCUAUUGGAACUUGUUAUAAUGUACCAAUUACUUUUGGCUAUGGAGAUAAUAGUUGUACAAUUACAGAAGACUUUCCAGUAAUGGAUGAUGAUAAACCUUGGAUAUUAUUAGGCACUCCUUUGCUUGAUCAUGCUGGAUGGGAGCCUAUUGUUAAGCAUGAAUUCAAGUUAAUACAUAAAGGUAAAGUAAUUACUAUACCUCUUUCAGUAUAUAAGUCCCAGAGAGAGAUAUUUAAACUGGAAAUUAACUUGACUUUUUACAAGCAAGAUUUGGUCCAAGUAUCUACUGAUUCUUCUAGUCCAUCUAGUAAGGAUAACAAUGUAUUAUUAGAGGAAUGGCAUGCUCCUACAGGUUUUAGCCCAGAUUUUAGUCUAUCUAACUCGAAAAGUCAAUGCUCUGCAAUAAAAAAAAAAUAA